ACCGCGCGAGAGCCACUGAGCGAGGCAGCUGGUCGAGUUCUCAGUCACACACCGAGUUGUUUCCGCUCACCUCAAAUAAAAAAAAAAAGAACUGUGGCGAGCCGAGCCGAGCCUCGCUGGGGAAAUACGACGACGGAGACGACAUCAUUUGGUGCUAUUUCGCCACGUACCGCGUCGUGUGUGUUCGUUUACGCCGCAGUUAAAUGCGUCGAAUGUGAACAAGGGAGGACGGCUCGCCGCUGGUAACCUUUUGUCGGUUAAGCCGUAGAGGACUCUUGCCGGUUGUUGGAGGAAAAGAUGUGCAAUGGAAUGGUAGCGUUACAUACGAGAGCCCCUUCCUCCUUCUCCUCCUCCUCUCUAGCCCACAGGCUGGCCGCCUUCCCCACGCUUCUCCUACUCUUCACUGUGCUGCCCCAUGCCCGCGCAUCAGGUUGUGCUCAGCCACCUGCCGUGCAGCAUGGAGACCUGCUUAACCAGACUGAGGCUAACAGGGACUCCUUUCCCAUGGGCGCUGUUUUGACCUAUGGCUGUGAGCCUGGAUACACUGCAGAUGGGCCUAUCAGCAUCACUUGUGACAUUUCUGGAUCCUGGUCCAAUCAACCCCCACGCUGCGUCAGAAGCAAUGUGUGUUCGCCCCCCACUGAACCGGAGAAUGGUGGCUACCGGUGUCACCCACCUGGCUGCCACCGCCUCACCCAUAAGACUGUCAUAGAGUACUUCUGCGAUGAGGGCUACGCUCUGAAAACAGACUACAAGUUUCUCACUUGUGAGAAUGGCGAGUGGGAUACUCCCAUGCAGAUCAGCUGCCGACUAACCCAAGACAAGGAGCCAAGCUCUCAACUCGGCAUACCAGCUCUGUCUAUUGUGGCGUCUACUGCUAGCUCGGUGGCGCUCAUCCUACUUUUAGUCGUGCUGUUUGUGCUCGUGCAACCCAAACUCAAAUCGUUCCAUCACAGCAGAAGGGACCAAGGAGUCUCAGGCCAAUCUGGUUCCAUCAUGGUUGAGGGGGUUCAGGUGGCACUGCCCUCCUAUGAAGAAGCUGUGUAUGGAAAUGGUUCAGGACCCCCUCCACCUUCACCACCUCCUCCAGCUCCUCCGGAGUCCAGAGUCCCGAUCGUUCUGUCUGAGGGUCUCCCUCAGGGGGCCACAGGAGGCCAAGGCCCCAGUGGAACCCACCACCACAGAGACUUAGACUUCUGUUUCCCAUCCACCUCAUCAUCGAUCCCCUCCCAUCAUCAUGCAGAGACGGUGCUUGUUCAUCAGGCUCCGUCUUCUUCGUCCUCCUCUUCCUUAUCAUCGUGGGCUAGAGAGCACCCUGGGGGUGCGUGUGCAGCCCCUCUACCUCUCCGUAGAGACUCUGAGAGCAGCGACCAGCACAGUCUGCUCUCUGUCACCUCUGCAGAUGACUUCUCUGAUGAUAUUCCCUUGCUGAAGGAAGCAUGAAGCCUGCCAGUGUGCUAGCAGCAGUCUCCCGUCUCUCUCUGCUGACCAGGACAGAGUGUGGCUGUCAACCCAACUUCCCCAAACAACCCUCACAGGCCAGCAGAGACGGACUAAAACUAUGCCCAGCGCAACCUCUUCGGCCAUUGCUACAGACAAAGAACAAAGCCAUCAACCAGUACAUACUGCACCACAGGCAGUGAUGGAACGCCAGAGGAGCCAACUCGAGACUAGACAAAGUGGUGCCACCUUAUUAACAAUCCUUACAGCCUUUGUAUACGCUUCAAACAUACAUACUGAGUCAAGGCUGUGUGCUACAGGCUAUGUAUUAUCACACACUCACCUCCUUCCUGAUUUCACCCUAUAUAUUAUAGUUGACACAGGCUCCAUCUGAAAAUGGUCUAGCCAUCAAUGGAUUUAAAACAGGAAAUGUUAAGUUUGCUAGUGGCCCUGUGGUGUUCCAAAUUGUCUUCCCGCUGUACUUGAAGAGUUGUGAGUGACAGUUGGAUGUUGUGGCCCUCUUUGUGAAUGCUGCAUGUUGUUUUUAGUGAUGGCUGUCACUGCGCCGUGGCCCACUCUGAAUUAAGCAUGAAGCCUCCUCUGCGUGUCUGUCUCUCUCUCGCUCUCUUUUUAGCUGUCUCUGUAUCCAGGCAACAUCCAGCAUACUGUAUGGAUGAAUGGGAUUAGUUGGGAAGAGUAGAAAGCAGUGUGGGCACCUCUUUCUAAAACCUGGAAGAGAGCUUUCUUUCCUCUUCUGUUGCAUGAGUAGGAUUGAUUGUUGUUUCGGUUCCUAAAAGUGAUGAAACCGACUUAAAGCAAGACACGAGAUCCCAUUUUAUUGAGCAGCACAAGAAGGGCUGUCCAUCAGGCUGAUUGGUCAAGACAAAACGUUAAAGUAGCUCAAACAAAAUGCUCCUUCCUGCUGUAUUUAUUGUUUGACGUGUGGCUCACUUUGUUUUGAUCUGACGAGUUUGACUUUGAGUGAGUGAAUGUGUGUAUGUGUGUGUGUGCGUGUGUGUCUGCAUCUUUGUAUAUGAAGCAGGAGGGGACAUGUCCUCAAUAAAGUGCCCCGCAUAACAGCCAUUUCCUGAUCAGCCCCUCCGCAGAUUAGAAGCAGCCCCCUCAAGUUACUUGACCAACGUUAAUUGAAAACAGCAAAACACAAUUAUAAUCCGGCAAUGAAUCCAGUACACAACCGUGUGUAUUGUUAAUCAAUAUUUAUGAUGACUGGCAUCUCUCUAGAAAAAUGGCUUUGCACCCAUCGUCAGUCACGCUGAACUGAAAAUAACACAUUUGCGCAUUAUUGACAUAACUGCAACUGGUUGCAGUGAAAUAAGAAAUUAAAUAAUUAUGUUUUAUACACCGCGCGCCCAAGCGCUUACACUCGUGUAAUCUUAUAAAACCAAGAGCAUAUUAAAGAAUCAUGCUUUUUGUCAUCCUCCUCCUGAUUGUCAUAAGGUGUUUUUGUGGUUGAGCUGUCCCCCAUGAACACAGCAUGACUCCAAAAAAAUCAAACCUUAUGUGAUUUAUAUGAUCUUUUUUGGCUCUUCAUUAUUAUUGCUAACAGAAUGUUGCCUUAGAUCUGUACAUUUUUUCAUGUAUUAUCUAAAGCAUCCGCUUUGGUGGUUGCUUUUUCACUAGUGCAACGUUUUCUGUUUUCCCAAAGGCCUUACUCUGUUCUUUUCUAUUCAAUGCAUACAAAUUGUCUUUAUUUAUCACUGUUCAUUUUGUUGUCAAAAAAAGUAAUGUCCAUCCCUUUCUGUCCUUUCCUUCCUUUCCAGCUAUUGUGAUGAUGACACUGAUGAUUUUUAUGCGCCUCUGUGUUUCAUAAUUGCUUUACUUCUCUUUACUACCUGGUGUAAAAUAUUAUGGGGUUAAAGUUUAAAAAAAAAAAAAAAGCAACUAAUGUUGUAUUCAGAGGCACUGUUGUACAGUGUCUCUUCCCUGAAAAUAACAGGUUAUAGUAAACAUUUUCAUUCUUGGUUUGAAUGCUUUCAGCUUCUGAUCUUCCCCUGUACAUGGCAGUGGGUGUGAGAAUAUUAAUUUAAUAUUUGUAUAAAGUUUAAUUUAAUUUUACAGUGUGUAUAUAACUUUCUAAUUAAAGCUUUCUUUUGAAUGUGAAUAA